GUCCACCUUGGUCAUAUGACUAAAACUAGAGGCUGAAUUUUGGCUCCCAACGUGGAUGGUGUGAGGAGAGUAUUUCCGUCUUUGUCUCGAUCCUUAGUUCUGUUUUUGUCGAUUUAUUUCGACAGCUCGUCUCUUCGCUCGUCUGUCAGAGUAAAGAAGAAGGUUUCGGGACGUAGAGCUAACAUGGAAACCGGAAGCCGGCUCGCUGCUCUGUCGUUACUCCUGUCCGCUAUGUUGUCUCCCUGUGUUUGUGUCCUCAACCCUGGAGAGAUCGACCCUCUGCUGUACGAGGAGCAGCUGCUGUGGGUGAGUGGAGCCCAGGGGCAGGUAAACACCUACAGGAUCCCUCUGCUCACCUUCACCCCCAAGGGAAGCCUGCUGGCUUUCGCAGAAGGCAGGAAGUCGUCCUCCAGCGAUGUGGGAGCGAAGUUCAUCGCGUUGCGGCGGUCCACAGACAAAGGAGCCACCUGGUCCCCGACCACAUUCAUUGUCGACGAUGGAACGAAGCCGGACGGCCUGAACCUGGGCUCGGUGGUGGUGGACGAGGAGGUGGGCUCGGUGAUUCUGAUCUACACCAUCUGCUUCCACCUCUACCUCUGCAGGCCGUCCAGCACCAUGAUGGUGGAGAGCGUGGACGACGGCCUCACCUGGAGCCCACCUAGGAACCUCUCGGUCCAGCUCGGGAUCAAGAACUUCGUUGGCGGGCCGGGCUUCGGCAUCCAGAAGCGUUAUGAGCCAGCGAAGGGGAGGCUGGUGGUUUGUGGCCAUGGAACAUUAGAGGGGGACGGCGUUUUCUGCAUCCUGAGCGACGACCACGGGCAUAACUGGUACAACGGCGCAGCGCUGAAAAGCAUCCCCUACAACCAGAAGAAGAGGGCACAGGACUUCAACCCUGACGAGUGCCAGCCGGUUGAGAUGCCAGACGGCAGCAUCAUUAUCAAUGUGCGGAACCAGAACAACUACCACUGCAGGUGUCGCAUAGUGGUGCGCAGUCGCGACGGGGGGUUGACCCUGCCUGUGGACGACCUGAUCUUCGACUACACGCUGGUGGAUCCCGUAGUAGCAGCUGGAGCUCUGCAGAAAGACGGCGUGAUGUACUUCACCAACCCCUCCAACGAGCAACACAGAGUUAACCUAACCUUACGUUGGUCGCUGACCGAUGGUAAAUCCUGGGAGAAUAAAGUCGUUCAGAUAUGGGCGGGGCCAAGCGGCUACUCCUCCAUCACAACCCUGAACAGUGGUUCUGCAGAGGACAGGAAGUACAUCUUUAUCAUCUACGAGAAGGGCCACAAGGUCUAUGAUGAGACUGUGUCGUUCGCCAAGAUCCACCUGUACGGAGGCCAGUAGUACGCAUGAAUUCCAAAUGCUGAAGGGAAAAGGAAACAGGAAGAGGUUGUUUCCUCCUACGACUCUCUCAGGAAGAAAAUCAAAGACUUUAUAAAACUCACUUUGUGAUAUUAAAUAUGGGGAAACAGGAGGCUCAGCAGCACGAUUGUCCAAUAGUUUGUGUUUGGCCUAUGUUGAAUCUAUCUGCAAAUACCUUUUUGUCUUUCUAUUCUGUUUUGUCAAAUAUGUGUGUUUUGCUUAACAUUUGCACAGCCACAAAUAUUUUUUGAGCUCCUUUGCUUCUAGAAAAGAAAAAAUAUGAUGGAGCUAAAGAGCAGAGACUAUUUUACAGGCCAGAGACACCAGCUUCCAAUCGACAUGAACCAUACUGUCAUGUAAAUAUUUUUUUCAAGCUGACAACAACACCUCAUUUUAAAUUACAAUAGGGAUACAGUACAGUAUCACAUCAGUUUCUCUCAUGCAGAGUCAGACUAAUGACAAACUGUUUGAUCUGUGGGGUUUCAUGAAAUGAAAAAAGAUCUUAAUGCAGUAUACUGUAGAUUUUAAUCACCUCUGGAAUAGAUUAACUGUCAGAUUCACUGUAUACUUGGUACUGGUGUGAAAUUAUUCUUCUUCGCUCAGAUGAUACUUUUAUACUGAAGUGGCCUAUUUUCAAAUCUCAUAUGGGUCUGGGCUUGUAAUUACUAUGCAGACUUUUUUUGCCUUUAUUAAAAUGUGAGUGUGCCAUGAAGUCAUGCUGAUUGAAAUUUGUUCUGCCUUUAAAAAAAACAGAACAUGUAAAAUAAUGUUAAUAGCCUUUUGUGUGUGUGAAACUGCACUUGAAUACUGUUUCCAUUUUCUCGAGUGGUUUUAGAAAAACAAUGGGUGUAAUUAAAAAAAGUGAGCCUGUGUGUGUGAAUGUGAGAGUGGAGAGUGAAGAGGUAAGCACGUAAUGUAGCCAAAGUAUCCUCUUUUGUAUAGAAAUGUAUUCUGAUAUUUUGUAAUGGGUCUGAAUGGUAAUCAGUCUCUUUAAUUGUCUAAUCAAGUGUCCAUUUAUGCCCUGUAUUAGCAGCAUUGUACACAGGGUUAUGUUGUUUUAUAACAAUUUCACACUGCUUUAUUUAUUGUGUCAAUCUAACAAUUCUAAUGAGCAAUAACUACAAUAAAAAUCACUGCAACACUGA